UCUUACAGCUAGGGAAACUGAGGCCCAGAGAGGGGGAGGCUCUUGUUUAUAUCCUACAGCGAGGGGUGGCAGACCCAGGCUAAUGGUGUCCCUCCAACCCCUGGAACCCAGCCCUCCCUCUGUGGCUCAGAGCAACCAGCACCUGGGCGGGAGGGGCCCCCUCAAUUAAUCACCUCGCUAAUCCUCCUUCCACCCAACCCCAGCCCCCUCGAGUCUGGCUGGGCCAGGCCAGCAGCAGACGGAGCUGGGCCGGCAGGGGCUGUCAGAGGGCCCGCUGGGAGCUGGGAGCACUGGGCAGGUGAGGGCGAGGAGCAGCCAUGUUCCUGAGCCCGGGCGAGGGGCCCGCUGAGGGUGGGCGGCCAGGGCCUGGCGAAGAGGCCCCCAAGAAGAAGCACCGGAGGAACCGCACGACCUUCACCACGUACCAGCUGCACCAGCUGGAGCGGGCGUUCGAGACCUCCCACUACCCGGACGUCUACAGCCGCGAGGAGCUGGCCGCCAAGGUGCACCUGCCCGAGGUGCGCGUGCAGGUGUGGUUCCAGAACCGCCGGGCUAAGUGGCGCCGCCAGGAGCGUCUGGAGUCAGGCUCCGGGGCCGUGGCAGCCCCGAGGCUCCCCGAGGCCCCAGCACUGCCCUUUGCCCGCCCCCCCGCCAUGCCACUGCCCCUGGAGCCCUGGCUGGGCCCUGGGCCCCCAGCCGUGCCGGGACUCCCGCGCCUCCUGGGCCCGGGUCCGGGGCUGCAGGGGUCCUUCGGGCCCCACACCUUUGGUCCAGGCUUCACGGACGGUUUCACCCUGGAGGAGGCGUCCUUGCGGCUGCUGGCCAAGGAGCACGUGCAGGCUCUGGACAGGGCCUGGCCAUCGGCCUGAACCUGGUGCCUGCCCAGCCCUCCCUCCUCAGCCUGUCUGUGGCCACCCAUGCCGGGUCCCCCACCCCACCCCCACCUCCUUACCCUGCCUUGCAGGGUAACUGGCACCCGGUUUCAAGAAGGAGGUGGCCAGAGGAUCCCCGGCCAGGGGGAUGGGUCUCUGGCCUGGUCUCAAGGGAGUCUGUGCCCUCGUGGGGCCUCAGUCUCCCCAUCUGUCAAGUGGGCGUGGGUGGGCUGGAUUCUGAGGUUCUUAGACUGCAAUCAGGAGCCACUGGGGUGUGAACUCUGAGUUGAUGAGUCUAAAUCCCUCCGUCUGCUGCCCUCUCUCUAAGAAAUAACAAGUAACAGCAGUAGCAACUCAUGUUCAACCCACCCCCUUUCACUGUGUGCUCCCCAUGUGCCCAUUGCUUUACCCCACGAGGUGGGCGUGGCCACCAGCCUCAUCUUUCAGGGGAGGAAACUGAGGCCCAGAGAGGGGAAGCCAGUUUCUUGAGGCCACACAGCCAGUAGGGGGCGGAGCUCUUUUUAAACUCAUUGCCUGACUCCAUCACCCCAGGCCCCAUGCCGCACCCAGGCUGGGCGCUAACAGGGGACUCUCUGCUGAGGCUGGGCAAAUACUGUCUGUCCCUGCUCCUCCCAGUUACCACGGUGUGGCUUAUGUCCCCACUGGCCACAGCCCCCAUCGUGUCUCCCA